CUCUAAUUUUGCCUUCAAUCGAGUGCUAUCCUUUCGGACGCCCAUGCCGACUACAAUAGCUCAUGAUUUCUGAAAUCUCUGGGAACACACGCAACGGGCGUUUGGGAUUGCGAAUCGUCUCGUAUUUAACGAAUAAAUCGCAUUAGCUCGCACACACAUGAUGAUAUUCCAUAGAGUCGUUUGCUUAGUUGGGUAGAGAUGGACCUAACUGGUCUUCUGACUUCUGCGGGGAUCAACACCGGUGUCUGUGUGGGCCUUUUUUCCCUCUACUCUGUCUUGAGGAAACAACCGAGCUUUGCAAGUGUCUACUUCGGGCAGAAGCUUUCUCACGUGCAUUCCAAUCAGCAAGAUCCAUUUUGGUUUGAGAGACUCCUUCCAUCCGCCAGUUGGGCUCUCAAGGCUUGGGAAGCAUCCGAAGACGAUCUCUAUGCUGCCGGGGGUAUAGACGCCGUGGUGUUUCUUCGUGCUGUUAUUUUCAGUAUUAGAGUAUUCAGUGUUGCCGCGACAGUCUGCUUGUUUCUUGUUCUUCCGGUGAAUUAUUAUGGCAAGAACAUGGUGCAUAAGGGAAUCUCUGGUGAAAAAUUGGAUGUGUUUGGCAUUAGGAACAUCGCUGAAGGAUCAAAAUGGCUUUCGGUUCAUUGUCUUGCAUUGUACAUCAUCACUUGCUGCAGUUGUCUUCUUCUUUACUUUGAAUACAAGAACAUCAUGGAAAUGAGAUUGGCACACAUCGGCGAAUCCCUUUCUUCCCCGAGCCACUUCACAGUGAUCGUUCGCGCUAUCCCUUGGAUCCAUGGAAGAUCAUACAGUGAUUCUGUGUACAAAUACUUCACAGACUUUUACUCGUCGAGCUAUUUGUCGCACCAAAUGGUUUACGAGACUGGCGCAGUCCAAAAAUUGAUGCGCGACGCCGAGAAGAUGUACAAGAUGCUCAAGUCUAACCAUCUCGAGAAACACUGCGCACCACAGUUUAUGAAAUGCUGCUACUGUGGAGGGGCCGCUACAUCCUUCAAAAUUCUUCCGGAUGAGUCUGAAACAUCGAAGAAAUCCAACAGUUUCGACACUUCGGAUAUGAGAAAGAAGGAGUGUGAAGCUGCACUGGUGUUCUUCAGGACUCGUUACGCAGCAUUACUAGCUUCGGAGGCUCUUCAGUCGCCGAAUCCUAUGCUGUGGGUGAUCGAUGCUGCUCCGGAGCCUCAGGACAUCUUCUGGUCGAACCUAUGCUUGGUGUUUCGUCUGCUAUGGAUACGCAAGAUCAUCGUCAGGGUCGCCUCUGUUUCGUUCGUGAUCUUCUUCCUCAUCCCGGUGGUGUUCACGCAGGGCCUCGUCCAUCUCGACAAGAUCAGGAAGAUAUUCCCAUCGUUCACGAACAUCUCGCAGAGAAUCACAAAGGAUUACAACUCGGUCUUCCUUUUUUCUUUUUCCAUGAAGAUUCUUGAGGAGCUGAUCACUGGAUAUUUACCUAGUGUUGUGUUCAUCAUGUUUCUCUACAUCGUCGCCCCAUUGAUGAUGGCUUUGUCUACUCUGGAAGGCCCCAAAUCCCGCGGCGGCCGAAAACGAAGCACCUGCGUUAAAGUAGUCCUCUUCUACAUCUGGAACGUCUUCUUCGCCAACAUUUUAUCAGAAGCAGCAAUCGGCCAUUACCAAGUCUCCAUCCAGAAGCUUGGGGAUCCGACAAAGAUCCCCAACGUGCUCGCCCGAGCAGUCCCGGCCACGGCGACGUUCUUCAUGACGUACGUGAUGACGUCGGGGUGGGCGAGCUUGGGGCUGGAGCUGAUGCAGCCAUUCCCGCUCCUGAGCAACAUAUUUUACAGGUACAUCGUGCACGACGACGGGGAGGAGGACGAGUCUUCGUCGACUUCGACGACGGUGUCGGAUUACAUAUACACGUUUCCUUAUCACACAGAGGUUCCGAGGGUGCUGCUGUUCGGGCUGCUAGGGUUCACGUACUCGAUCGUGGCGCCCAUGAUUCUCCCCAUCCUGAUGAUCUACUUCAUCCUGGCGUAUUUGGUGUACCGCAACCAGAUUCUGAAUGUGUACAUUACCGAGUACGACACCGGAGGGCUGUACUGGCCCAUCGUGCACAACACGACCAUAUUCUCCCUGGUGCUCACACAGACCAUAGCUAUGGGGUUCUUCGGAGUUAAGAAAUCUCCGGUGGCGUCCACCUGCAUAAUACCGCUGAUCAUAUGCACCCUUCUCUUCAACGAGUAUUGCCGCCAGCGGUUUCAGCCAGUGUUCCGGAAGAUCCCAGCACAGACGAUCAUCGAGAUGGAUCGGAAAGAUGAGACGUGCGGGAGGACAGAGGAGAUGCAUCAGAUGUUGCAGUCUGCUUAUUGCCAGUUCAAAUCGAAGUCCCUCAAUUUGCACGAAACUGCAAAGCAGAACCACCACACGCACUGUAUGGAACUCGAAAUUAACUAACUUCAUAUUUAUAUACUAUAAUAAUUUAUAAUCAUCAGAUCAAAUUGACAUAUUGAUUGAUGUAUAGUGCUGCUGCAUGCAUAUGGGUAUGGGUGGGUAGAUACAUAGAUAGGUCAAUAAUUUAUUAGUAUUCUUUCUAUUUAUUUAAUUACCCUAUAACUAAUAUUGUAAAUUGAUUUUGUUAAGGCUGCUAUUGCAUAUAGUGUGAAUUCAUAAAUAGA